GACCCCAAGUUUGAUGCUCCCAAGGCUUGAUGCUCCAGUUGAUACUCCCAAGGGUUGCUCUUGCUGCUCUGCUCCGUUCUCUGACUCUGGCAGAGACGCAAAUUUAGCCUUCGAGCGCAUCGUGUUGGCUCGUUCUUGAGUGCCAACUCUUGACCUCCGAGCUCUUCAGGCAUUGCUGGCAGUUUUGAUACAUCGCGGGAGCCAUGCUCAGAUUGCUAGGGAAGCGGGUGGUGCAGCAAGCUAGCAGAGCGCGUAGCUGCCAAACCCGCAGCCACUCCGGCGGAAGCAUAAACUACUCCUCCUCAGGGAGCGCCGCGCGAGGCCGAUGGAUUGAUAUUUGCCGGAAGUAUCAAUCGCAAUCGCGGGUGUUCCCUGAAGCCACCCAGUCAGUGGGUUCGUCGGAAACGCAGUCUGUGAAUCGGUUUCACGGAUCAAAUGCAAAGGAAGGAAUACCAGCUGUUUCCGCUGCUCAAAGAAGAGCACUGAGCAGCUUCGCCGGCAGAGAUGGUAGAGAAGAGAGAGGAGGUCAAGGAGCGAAGGCCACAGCAGGUUCGUCGGAUCAUCAGCAGAGCAGAUCGAUCAGCGGCUCGAGCAGGAUCAGCAUGCCUGGCAAUGUGGGAGCGUCGCAUUCCAAGCAGCCGCAUCAAUUCGACGGUUCGAUUUAUCUGCACCACGCCGAUGUCGGCGCGCCUCUUAACUCCGCCGCUCUCAGCAUCGGACUCAUUCACGCGCUACAGGUUCUGCGGCCAGGCGUGGGUUACUUUCGCCCGAUCGACCAGACUUCGCAUGGUGGCAACCGAGCGGAGCUGUUUCACGAGAUAUUUCGCAUGCGCACGCCUCAGGAGGACAUGUUCGGGCUCACCCAGGACCAGGCGUACGGCCUGCUGACGUCAGAGAAGAUGGACGAGCUGCUGGAAACCAUCAUUUCAGCCUACGAGCGGUGCAAGCGGCACCACGACUUCGUGGUGAUCGAGGGCACGUCCAUGCGCGACGGCACCAACACCUCGCCCCUCAACGGCCUCAUCGCCUCUGCCCUCGAAGCCCCCGCGCUGCUGCUCUCCGAUGGCCGCGCCGCCUCGCAGUUCCACCCGAAGCAUACCGAGUCGGGGGGCGUGUUUGAGGACUGGGACUGGGAGAAGGAAGCCGCGGGGUGCAUACUGGACCAUGCGCGCAUCAUGCGGCAGUCCAACGUCGAUGUAGCAGGGGCGCUCAUCUACCGCAUGCCCAAGACGUCCAGAGGCGCGUCAAGGCUCAGAGAGUACAUCACAAAAGCGCAGAUCCCGUUCGUGGGGGCUGUUCCAGAAGACAUUUCUCUGGAGUCGUUCCAGGUUGAGGACGUGGCUCGAGUGCUCAACGCCCAUGUGCUGUACGGUGAUUUGCCCCACAGCAACAACAUGACCACUGAGGUCACCCGCACCCUGAUAGCAACCCUCCACCUGGCCGAUCUGCUCUCCUACAUCCCUCCCUCCGACGACCCGGCCAAGGGCGUGCUCGUGGUGGCGCAUGCCAGCCGCCCGGAUAUUCUCCUGGGGAUGAUUGACCUGCACGAGACGCACCUCAGCACGCAGGUGGCUGCCAUGGUGCUCACUGGGGGGUCGCCUCCGCCUCUUGAAGUCGACAUGCUCAUCCGGAGCCGCCCCACGCGCGUGUCCCUGCCGGUGCUGCUCUCCCCCAAGGACACCCACGGCACAUGCAUCGCGCUCACCAACGCCCAGCCUGAGCUGCACGCCACGUCCAACCGCAAGAUAGAGCGCGCUGAGGUGAUCUUCCACGAGAACGUGGACAUGCGCAUGCUGCACCAGGUGCUGUUCAAGGAGCGCCCCAUGCGCAUGAACCCCAAGCUCUUCCAGCACAGCAUCUUCGACAAGUCCAGGGAGGCGCAGUCGCACAUCGUGCUGCCAGAGGGAGCUGAGCCCCGGACAAUUCAGGCAGCAGGGGAGGUGCUGCGGCGGUCGCUGUGCCGCGUGACGCUCAUAGGAAACCCCGACGAGAUCAUCACCGCCGCCAAGCAGCUGCGCGUGGACGUGUCGGGCGCCGAUAUCAUCUACCCGCCCUCUGCCCCGAACCUGGACCAUUACGCCGAGCUGCUGUACCAGGCUCGGAAAGACAAGGGCGUGACUCUGAUGGAGGCGCACGAUCACAUGAUCACAGAUCCCAACUACCUGGGCACAGCCAUGGUGGCGGCUGGCGAUGUGGAUGGCAUGGUGUCCGGUGCCGUGCACACCACCAUCGCCACCAUUCGACCCGCGCUGCAGAUGAUUCCCAAACUGCCCAACACCGAAAUUAUCUCCAGCGUCUUUUUUAUGUGCCUGCCCGACCGCAUCUACAUCUACGGUGACUGCGCCAUCAACUCCAAUCCGACGGCUGAGGAGCUUGCGAUGAUCGCCAUCUCGUCUGCCGACACCGCUGCUGACUUUGGUGUGGAGCCGCGCGUUGCCAUGCUCUCGUAUUCCACCAUGGACGAGAGAAAGGAAGACACCAUAGUGCAGAAGGUGGUGCGCGCCACACAGCUGAUCAAGCAGCAGCGGCCAGACAUUCUGGUGGAGGGACCCCUGCAGUACGAUGCUGCUGUAAACCCCAUGGCCGCCCACAACAAGAUGGACGGCAGAGAGUCCGACGUGGCCGGCAAGGCCUCUGUGCUCAUAUUCCCCGAUCUCAACACGGGCAACAACACCUACAAGGCUGUGCAACAGGCCACGGGCGCCAUCGCCAUGGGUCCAGUGCUGCAGGGCUUGAGUCGGCCGGUGAAUGACUUGAGCCGGGGAUGCACCACCAAGGACAUUGUAAACACCAUCGCCAUCACCAGCGUGCAAGCAGCAGCUGGGAAGGCGGCACGCACAGCACAAGCGGCUGCGGCUUGAGCUGACAGUUCUUGAAGUAUAUUCGAUGAUAGAAAAAUGAUAGUGAAAGGGCAUGAUAGGGAAGAAUGUCUCAAAGCACAUUGGCAAGUAUUGUGUGUACCAUACAGUGUAUUAUGCAGCACACACAGGUGUAGGUUUUAGUUUCUUCUACCGUUCUCGAACGCAGUUUUAUCGCGGACU